GUGCAAAGGCACGAGGUCGCAUCAAGACCCCUCACCGACGCUUGUCUUCAUCUCGCGUGGAUCCCUGAUGUAACUGCGUGGGUCAUCUAUCUGGAGGUUUCUGAUACCUCUAUCCCUCGCCCCCAGUCGACGCCCCGGUUGUAGGAUUUCUUAAGUCCUCCCUCGCCCUGUUUGGUCCCACCGGUUGUGUUUCUGAUUUGUCCAGUUCAGAACGACACUACUGGGCUUGAUCCUACGGAAUCCUGUUAAUCCUGCUUCGAUCCCACAUUCUUCAGGUGGAUUUGAGAUACCGGCGCCUUUAUUAAACCGGUGGCCCCCCUGCCUUCCUCCAAAAACCAUUUGAGAUCCUCCUGGGAGAUAAGACAACACCCGUCGACAAACCUACAUACUACAGGUUGACGCAAGACCGGCCAAAUAAUGUCGCUCGCAUUUAUCAAAGGCUUCUUCUCGAGCUACUCCCCCGUCGCAGAUGGCGACGCGGAAAAAGGGCUCUAUUCGCAUCAUAUGUCGAGAGACUCUGAAUGCUCGAACAGCACGAUGGUCGGACCCGGGCGGGAUGGCCCCGAGAAGAAAGAAUCCCGCGUCGACGGUCGCAUCGUGUCGGACGCCAUCAUCGGUCUGUCCGACGGGAUGACCGUGCCGUUUGCACUGACGGCCGGUCUGUCAGCGCUGGGCGACACCAAAGUGGUUGUCUUCGGUGGAUUGGCGGAGUUGAUUGCGGGUGCCAUUUCCAUGGGACUGGGAGGAUAUCUGGGCGCCAAGAGCGAAGAGGAAUCCUACCGCGCGACCCUGAAAGACACGGAAAAAGAAACCAUGACGGAUCCCGACUCCGUGACAACGACCGUAUCGGAGAUCUUCGCGCCCUACGACCUCCCACCGCACCUCGUCUCCGACCUCACGCAGCACCUGUCCGCCUCGCCCAUGCUCCCGUCCUUCCUCAUGAACUUCCACCACACGCUACAGGAGCCGUCCGGGUCCCGCGCCUGGGUCUGCGCCGUGACCAUCGCGCUCGGCUACUUCGUCGGCGGGUUCGUCCCGCUCCUACCUUACUUCUUCGUCGGCCCGCUAGACGCGUACGUCGCGCUGCGCUGGUCGAUCGCCACCAUGGCCGUGGCGCUGUUCGUGUUCGGCUACGGAAAGACGUGCUUCGUGAGUGGCUGGUCCGGGCGACGGAAUAUUCGAAAGGGCAUGAUCGGGGGCGUGCAGAUGGUGCUCGUCGGUGGGAUCGCUGCCGGAUCGGCAAUGGGACUGGUGAAGGGGUUCCAGAUGCUUGCGGAUGAAGAUGGAGGACAGGAGGGUCACUGAUUACUCUCUUUUUCUUAUUUUUGCGUUCAUUUCUCUCCUUUUCCUGGUGUCAUGGGUUGGUGUCUGGCGUUCGGUCCAUGCUGGGCAGGACAAAACGUGGUCUGGAGUAUCACUAUGGUGUCUAUCUACGAUGUAUAUACAUAUCGAAAAC